AUGUUACGACCAAAGAAAUAUGAGCAAUCAGAAAAGAAAAUACAGGCAAAAAUGAGCCAACCCACCUCCAGUUAUCAACUCAGUGGCUUUUCAAAAAGCACUAUAAUAUCUUUGAUAGAAAGAUUCUAUGAUCCAGUUGCUGGUCAGGUUUUACUGGAUGGACGUGAUUUGAAAUCUUAUGAUUUGAGAUGGUUGAGGAGCCACUUGGGUCUCGUUCAGCAGGAGCCUAUCAUCUUUGCAACUACAGUAAGAGAAAAUAUCAUUUAUGCUAGGCAUAAUGCAAGUGAAGCGGAGAUGAAAGAGGCAGCAAGAAUAGCAAAUGCUCAUCAUUUUAUCAGCAGUUUGCCUCAUGGUUAUGACACUCAUGUCGGAAUGAGGGGGGUAGAUCUGACUCCAGGACAGAAGCAAAGAAUUGCAAUUGCCAGAGUUGUUUUGAAAAAUGCACCCAUUUUAUUAUUGGAUGAAGCCAGCUCGUCCAUCGAAUCUGAGUCAAGCCGGGUGGUGCAGGAAGCCCUCGACACUCUAGUCAUGGGGAACAAAACAACGUUUCUAAUUGCACAUCGAGCAGCUAUGAUGAGGCAUGUAGACAAUAUUGUUGUACUUAAUGGUGGGCGAAUUGUGGAGGAAGGUACUCACAAUACAUUGAUGGGCAAAAGUGGUUUGUAUGCCCGAUUGAUGCAACCUCACUUCGGGAAGCGUUUACACCAGCAUAGACUUGUUUAGACGGUGUCCCGUGAAUCUCGAGUGGUUGCGACGUGGCUCUCUUCUGACCCUUAAGAACGUGUCUGUCACUGUUGGGAUGAAAUUCCAAAUUUGUGGUACUGACUGAAUGAUAUUAACAAACAUGGACACGGGUAGAUUUCUGUACUAUGCUGUGCUGGUGGCAGCGGUGCUUGUUGACAUGAUAACUAUGGGUUGCUGCAUUUUGUAGUCAAUGAUUGAAGAGUAGGGUUUGUAGAGUUUGAUUAGCCUUUAUCAGGAUAGGCAUUUGGGAGGAUUGGAUGCAUAUUCUUUUGGAGGCAGGCAGAAUUGGUUUAGAACUUUGCCCUGUUUCUCCAUUAUAUAUUGAUUUGCUAGUCGUAGAGUUGGAUGAACCAGCAGUAGUGUUCAAUUAGAUGGAGGUUGAAUCUAUAUUUCUUUUCUUUCAUUUUUGGGUGGCUUGUUUGCGUGUGGUCAGUCGGCUUGUUUUUUUCUUACCUACCUUCUGGCAGUUCCCUUUAGCCACUGCCUUACCAAUUUUCUUGAUGUACAGUUUCUUUUCUUGCGAGAAAAUUGUAAAAAAAAUCUGAGAAUGAAGGCGGUUGAUGUAAAUUUUUGUAUAUAAUGAGGUCAAAAGAUGUUCGCUAUUCUUUGCCUUGUUUGAUGCUGUCA